AUGGGAUAUAAGAUAUAUUCUAACUCUGACUUAGUUCAAACAGUAACAUGGGCAAACUAUGAAUGGUUCGCUUUGAGAAACUCAGUACAACCACAAGCUAGAGAACAAACAGACCAGUAUGCAACUAUUGAGAAAAUAAGAAGACUUGACCCUAACGUUCCAGGAGUUUAUGUUAACCUUUCUGGACAAAAUGCAGCAGCAGUAACCAAAGUAAAAUUGAAACUUAGAGUUCCUUUGUCAUCUUUCCUCAUCUUCAGGUUUUUAAGAUACUUGCCAAACUGGGCAGGAAAAAUUUCUAUCGAACUUACUCCAAGCAAAAAUAACUUAGUCAUUGCACCAACACAAGACCCAUUCACUCUUACAGAAGUAGUGGGAACAAAUAAAAUGUCAUUCGCCGACUUUUGCAAAAACAAAGUUGACUUAGACUUUGGUUUCUCAAACCUCAACACUGAAGUAAACUAUUAUUUCAAUGCUGCUGGAGAUGCUUGGGACCCAGUUAAGUUCACAUGCGAAAAAUUUGAAUGCAAGAGAAUAGAAAGCAGACUUGCAGUCUAUAUGUUGGACCCAGAUAUUUCAAAUGCUUUAGCUGCCAAAUAUAUUGCAGUUCCACUUAUGUUCCCUAUACACCAAAUAUCUGUCAAAGACUUUGCAGGUGAAGUUGGAAACCAAAGUGCUGACCCAGGUGCAAGAACAGAUAUUGCCUUAACAACUGCAAUGAAACAUGCAGAUACUAU